CGCACUCGCUGUCACCGCCGCUGCAGCCCGGACCCGCUGCCGCCGCCAGCAGCUGCAGCCCCUGGCCCCGCGCUGCCCGCCCAUCCAGCCGCGCCCGCUCCAGCCUGCUCCAUGCGCGCCCCGUCCUCUUAAGGGCUUUUCUCCUUAUUUUUUCUUUCCUGCUUUUGGUUUCACGAAUGUGACCCCCCUCCCCUUUGAGAAUGAUGGGGAUCUCUGGGGCGUAUGUUGGAUUUGUUUUCUUUUCCGUCUUAUAUGUCCAGGAAGGGCUUUCUUCUCAAGCAAAAUUUACCGAGUUUCCUCGGAACGUGACUGCAACUGAAGGACAAAAUGUGGAGAUGUCCUGCGCCUUCCAGAGUGGUUCGGCCUCAGUUUACUUGGAGAUCCAGUGGUGGUUCCUGCGGGGACCCGAGGAUCAGGAGCCUGGCACCGAGGUGGCCGGUGGGCAGGUGGAGCUGCUGCCAGACCCAGACAAUGACGGGACCAAGAUCAGCACAGUUAAAGUCCAAGGCAAUGACAUCUCUCACAAGCUUCAGAUUUCCAAAGUGAGGAAAAAGGAUGAAGGCUUAUAUGAGUGCAGGGUGACAGAUGCCAAUUAUGGAGAGCUCCAGGAACACAAGGCCCAGGCCUACCUAAAAGUCAAUGGCAACAGUCAUGCCCGCAGGAUGCAGGCCUUUGAAGCCUCGCCCAUGUGGCUGCAAGACAUGAAGCCCAGGAAGAAUGUUUCUGCAGCUGCUCCCAACAGCAUCCACAGCUCUGCCAACCAGAGAAUGCACUCCACCUCCAGCCCUCAAGUGGUAGCCAAAAUCCCCAAACAAAGUCCACAAUCAGCAAAGAGCAAAUCGCCUGUAAAAUCUACGGAGCGGACAGCAAAGUUGACCCUAAACUCCAAGCACCACUCUGCACCCACUGUACUCUAGUUACCUACACAAGGAGCACCUGCUUCUGGAAGCAUAAAUGAAGAGGCUAUCACACGCUUUGCUCAUACUAUUUUCUUUGGCAAAUCACGGGUCUUUUCUUUCAAGAAAAUUAGUGUGACGUGAUAGGACAUUUUCUAAUAGCAAGAUCUAUUUUCCCCCUUCUUUCGGCUACUUAAAGUAUCAUCUCACUGACUGUCAGGGGUUGGUCAGAAUGUCAUCAGGAUGAUAAAUAUUAACCAUGGAUACCACUGGUUUCCUACCAACAGACCAAUAUCCAAAGGAUAUAAACAGAUCAAGGCUACAGAACACAAACUAUCAUCAAAACAAGACCCCAAUUGGGGACAAGAACAAAAUUACCAA